AUGGCAGCCACGAUUAAGGAAAACUCCAACCAUGUGGAGGGGCCACUGGACAAUACCGAACUGAAGGCCGCCAUCGCUGUCGACACACGCCACAAUGACGAGGCGAUGACCGUCCUGGCCAGCUACACUGGCCCGCAAACAUGGGACGACAAGGAAGAACAGCGGGUCAGGAAAAAGAUCGAUCGUCGCCUCCUCCCGAUCCUCGUCAUUUGCUAUGGCCUGCAAUACUACGACAAAGCCAUGAUCUCGCAGGCCGCAUUGUUCGGUCUUCGCACCGACCUCGAGCUUACUGUGGGCAACCGGUUCUCCUUCGCGUCGUCCAUCUUCUACCUGGGCUUCAUUGUCGGUGCCUACCCGGCCAUUGUCAUGGCUCAGCGCUUCCCCAUCGAAAAAGUGGCCGCCGGCAUUAUCUUGGCUUGGGGAGUUUGUCUAAUCUGCACGCCGGCCUGUCACAACUGGCAAGGGCUCUACGCACAGAGAUUUUUCCUCGGUUUCAUCGAGUCAGGAGUCAGCCCGAUGUUCAUGUUGGUCGUGGGUCAGUUCUAUAAAAAGAAUGAGCAAGCCCUGCGGAUAGGUGUCUGGUACUGUGCAUGUGGCUACGUGUCUAUUAUCUCGCCUCUGAUCAACUACGGGUUUGGGCAUGUCCACGGUGCACUGUCCCCUUGGCGCUACAUGUAUGUCUUUGCGGGUUCCAUCACCAUUCUCUGGUCAGUGGUGGUGUACUAUUACCUCCCUCCUGAUCCGAUCCGCGCGAAAGGAUUCACCGAGCGCGAGCAUUUCAUUGCUGUGAGUCGGUUGCAAUCGAACAACUCGGGCGUCCGCAACACGCAUUUCAAAAAAGAACAAAUGAUUGAACUGAUGUUCGACCUCAAAUUCUGGAUCAUGUUCUUGAUGACACUGUUGGCUAUGUUUGCCAAUGCUCCGGUUUCGACGUUUACCCCUUUGAUUAUCUCUGGAUUCGGGUUCAAUACACUCAACUCUCUGCUCUUGGUAGUCCCCGUUGGGUUUUUCACUGGUACCAUCGAAUUGAUCAUUCCCUACCUUGCCUACAAGUACACGAAUAUAAGGACAUAUCUCAUGGCGGUAUCUGAACUGGUUACUGUCCUCGCCGCAAUCCUGCUCUGGGCUCUCCCGAGACACGCCAUUGGGGGCCUGAUGUUUGGGGUGGUCAUCCUUCCCUGCUUUGCUGCCGGAUACGUAGUUCAAUUGGGACUUCAGAUCGCCAACACAGCGGGCUAUACCAAGCGAUCUUUGGCUUCUUCGGGGAUUUUCGUUGCCUAUUGUAUUGGUAACUUUGUGGCGCCUCUUACAUUCAGAAGUCAGGACGCGCCAAUUUAUGCACCAGGGUUGGCGACAGUGGUAGGUACGUCGAUCGCCGUGGCGGCCUUGUCCAUGUUGUACCGAUUUGUUUGUCUCAGGGAAAACCGUAAGAGAGAUGAGACCGGCACACUUGAGGCUUUUGACCAUGCUUACGAGGAUGACUUGACCGACAAAACUAACCCCCAGUUUCGGUACAUUGUGUAA